ACGAACAAAAGUGGAGACCACGCGUCGUUACACAAGAUUUUUAUUUUAUAUUUAUCAAACAUAUGCCUAUAUAGGAUAUCUUGUUACUUUCCGUGUAUUUGCUGCGAAUAAAAUGGUAUAUCGUCGAUAACCUUUUGUACAAGUAGCUGGUUUAUCUAUCACUUCACAAGAGGUCGCCGUUUUAACAACAUUAAGUGAAUUUAUGAUAAAUUUAUAUUAAAGUUUGUGCUUUUUUGUAAUGGAUAUAAAAUGCAAAGCAGUUGUUUUAAGUAUCCUGGCUUCGCUUGCUGCAGUCCAAGGAGCAUGUCAAAGCGGAGCUCGUUGUGUUGCAGUUCAAGAAUGUCCGGCCAUUCUGGAUCUUGUCAGGGACAAGGCAGAGUACGCCAAGGAUAUUGUGAUGCCUUUACGGUGUAGCUCUAACGAGUACAAAGUAUGCUGUCCUCCAGUUUUUGAUGAAGCAGUAACGAAGCGGUCGUUGCCGGACACGAGCGUGUGUGGAAUAAUGACUAACGACAGGAUCGUCGGGGGAUCUAUCACGGAGCUCGAUGAACAUCCCUGGCUGGUUCUACUUCGAUAUGAUAAACCAAACGGCUGGGGUUUCUACUGCUCUGGGGUGUUGAUAUCAUCGAAAUACGUGAUGACCGCUGCCCAUUGUCUCAGAGGCAGUGAAUUACCACCUACUUGGUUACUAACUCAAGUCCGGCUUGGCGAAUGGAAUAUAACCAGUUCGCGAGAUUGCGUGGAAGAUGACUGCAGCCCGUCCGUCCAAGACAUCAAAGUUGUAGAUCGUAUACCUCACGAAAAAUACGACCCCAAUGAUGUGCACCAACGUAAUGACAUAGCACUCUUGAAACUGUCGCGCGACGUCGUUUUCACAGAUUUUGUAAAACCAAUAUGCCUACCGUUAACCAAUGCCCAACGUACUAGCUCGUUCGACGGGUACGAAAUGGAAGUGGCGGGAUGGGGUAAAACUGAAACAAGUGAGUCCUUCGGUACACUAUUCGAACAAAGAGAAUCAAUGUCCGAUAUAAAAUUGAAGGUUCGCGUUCCGGUAGUCAAUUCUACCACCUGCUCAAACAUUUACAGUAAAGCUGGCAGAAUUAUAACUGAGAAGCAACUUUGCGCCGGAGGUAAACAGGGACAGGACUCGUGCCGCGGGGAUUCAGGUGGACCUCUUAUGGCAGUAAUGCCCUCCGAACAGAACUGGUUUGUAGCUGGAGUGGUGUCAUAUGGCCCCAGCCCGUGUGGUACUUCAAACUGGCCCGGAGUUUACACACGCGUUAGUUCUUAUAUAGAUUGGAUCCAAUCAAAGAUUACAAGUUAGUUCAAGUUAA